AUGCCUGAGGAGACCCACGCCGCCGAGGAGCACCACGAGGCCGAGCAGGGCGAGCACGCCGAGGAGCACCACGAGGGUGAGCACGCCGAGGAGCACCACGACGAGGCCGGCGAGCAUCACGAUCAGGGCCACGCUGAGGAGCACCACGAGGGCGAGCAUGCCGAGGGCGGUGAUCAUCAUGAGGAGCAUCACGAAGAGGAGCACCACGAGGAUGCGGGACACGCCGAGGAGGAGCACAAGGACGAGGCACACCACGAGGAGCACCACGACGCCAAGGAGUCCGAGGAGGAGCACCACGACGAGGCCGAGCACCAUUCCGACGAGUUGGCCCACGAGGUCGACAAGGUCGCGCUCGAGGCCAAAGAA